AUGUAUCGCGCGCUGUACGCGUUUCGCUCGGCGGAGCCCAAUGCUCUCCCAUUCUCCGCGGGCGAGACCUUCCUGGUGCUGGAGCGCAGCAGCGCGCACUGGUGGUUGGCUGCGCGAGCGCGCAGCGGCGAGACAGGCUACGUGCCACCCGCCUACCUGCGCCGCCUGCAGGGCCUGGAGCAGGAUGUCCUGCAGGCCAUUGACCGGGCCAUUGAGGCCGUGCACAAUGCAGCCAUGCGGCAUGGUGGCAAGUACAGCCUGGAGCAGCGCGGAGUCCUCCAGAAGCUGAUCCACCACCGGAAAGAGACCCUGUCCCGCAGAGGUCCCUCAACCCCCAGCCCUGCAACUAUGACUUCAUCCACCAGUGACCACCACCUGGAUGCUGCUGCUGCCAGGCAGCCCAAUGGGAUGUGUCGUACCGGGUUUGAGCGACAGCACAGCCUGCCCAGUUCGGAGUAUGUUGGAGCAGAUGGAAGCCUCUACCAGGUACCCAGGCUGCCACUCAGACCCUCUCUGUCUUCCCAGAUCCCACCGCAGCCUCGCCGAGCUGCACCUGCCACACCACCCCCACCUGUGAAGCGUCGAGACCGUGAGGCUCUGGUGGCCUUGGGGAGCGGCAGCCGCACCAUCACACCCUCAGGGGGAAGUUCUGUGUCCAGCAGUUCCUUGGUCAGCAGCACGUCCCUAGACACACUCUACACUGGCUCCAGCCCAUCUGAGCUAGGCCCUAGCUGCUCACCCACACCUCCACCGGUACCCCGCCGAAGCACCCAUACCACCGUUUCCCAGUGCCAGUCCCCUCCAUCCAAGGUGCCAACCCCUGAGCCCCCUGUAGAGGAGGUGGCAGUCGGUACAACCUCAGCCCCUGAUGAGCUGGAGGCCCUGGGUAUGCUGAGCCUGGGAGCCACAGAGGAGAAGGUGGUGGCUGAGAUGGCUGCAACUGUGCCGAAGAGCAUUGGGGCGGAGCUCAUGGAGCUUGUGCGGAGAAACACUGGCCUGAGCCAUGAGCUGUGUCGCGUGGCCAUCGGCGUUGUGGUGGGUCACAUCCAGGCCUCCGUGCCAGCCAGCUCACCUAUCAUGGAGCAGGUCCUCCUCUCGCUGGUAGAGGGCAAGGACCUGAGCACGGCCUUGCCCUCAGGGCAGGUCUGCCAUGACCAGCAGCGGCUGGAGGUGAUCUUUGCAGACCUGGCCCGACGAAAGGAUGACGCCCAGCAGCGCAGCUGGGCCCUAUAUGAGGACGAAGGUGUCAUCCGCUGCUACCUGGAGGAACUGCUGCACAUUCUGACUGACGCAGACCCUGAAGUUUGCAAGAAGAUGUGCAAGAGGAACGAGUUCGAGUCUGUCCUGGCUUUGGUGGCCUAUUACCAAAUGGAGCACCGGGUGUCCCUGCGGCUGCUGCUCCUCAAGUGCUUUGGCGCCAUGUGCAGCCUGGAUGCAGCCAUAAUCUCCACACUCGUGUCGUCUGUGCUGCCUGUGGAGCUGGCGAGAGACAUGCAGACAGACACACAGGACCACCAGAAGCUCUGCUAUUCUGCCCUCAUCCUGGCCAUGGUCUUCUCCAUGGGGGAGGCAGUGCCCUACGCCCACUAUGAGCACAUGGGCACAACCUUUGCCCAGUUUCUACUCAGCAUUGUUGAGGAUGGGCUGCCCUUGGACACCACUGAGCAGCUGCCGGAUCUCUGCAUGAACCUGCUUCUGGCUCUCAACUUGCACCUUCCAGCCCCUGACCAGAACUUCAUCAUGGCCGCCCUGAACAAACAUGCCAAUGUCAAGAUCUUCUCUGAGAAGCUGCUGUUGCUCCUGAACAGAGGGGAUGACCCCGUGCGCAUCUUCAAACACGAGCCACAGCCGCCGCACUCCAUCCUCAAGUUCCUGCAGGAUGUGUUUGCCAGCCCUGACACGGCUGCCAUCUUCUACCACACAGACAUGAUGGCGCUCAUCGACAUUACUGUGCGGCACAUCGCGGACCUGUCACCCGGAGACAAGUUGCGCAUGGAGUACCUCUCCCUGAUGCAUGCUGUGGUCCGCUCCACACCCUACCUGCAGCACCGCCACCGCCUGCCUGACCUGCAGGCCACGUUGCGCCGCAUCCUGGCUGAGGAGGAGGCCUCACCCCAGUGCCAGAUGGACCGCAUGAUUGUCCAAGAGAUGUGCAAGGAAUUCCCAGUGCUGGGCGAGGCCCCCAGCUAG